CAAGAAUCGACCACAGAUAGCUCAUGUCACUUCGGCAAACUUCCUUGUGAACUGAUCGAAAUGGUCUGCGGCUAUGUUGAGAAGUCAGACCUUCCCAAUUUUCGCCUCGGUUGCAAGCAUGUCAGCGACUAUGCGACCCAUGAAUUCGCCGAACACUACUUCACGGAGCUUGGCUUCCUUUACACUGAAUACAGUCUGAGGAUUAUGGACGAAAUCUGCUGCUCCAGAUUCGCCAGAUAAGGGGCAUGUGCUCAAGAUGUCUUCCAUGGUCAUUACCGC